AUGGCCGAAAAUGUGAAAGAUCAGCUGAUCACACGUUUAUGCCAAAGCCAGUUUUUCACACUGCAACUGGACGAGUCAACUGAUAUCGUGAAUGAGGCAAAUCUGCUGUGUUUUGUAAGGUACAUUUAUGAUGGCGGUGUGCAGGAUGAAUUUCUGUUUUGUCGUUCCCUGCCGACCAACACCACAGGGGAAGCCAUUUUUGACUCAGUCAACGAUUUCAUCCUGCAGAAUAAUAUCGACUGGACACGAUGUGUUGGUAUUUGCACAGAUGGUGCAACUGCAAUGACUGGGAAACACAAGGGACUGGCAGCGCGCGUACGCGCAGUUGCACCUUGCGCCACAGCAACACACUGUUGCAUUCACAGAGAGCAGCUGGCUGUGAAUAAAAUGCCACCAUGCCUCAAAUCAGUACUGGACGAGUCUGUGAAAAUUGUGAAUACAAUAGAAACCAAAGCACUGAACACACGUCUUUUUAAAGCUCUGUGUGAUGAAAUGGGAAGUGAACACACAAAACUGCUUUUCCAUAGGCUGCUGAAGUUCGCUGGCUGUCGCGUGGGAAAGUUCUCACCCGUGUAUUUGAACUGCGCGAUGAGGUGAUGUUAUUCUUGCAUCAUACUGAUGAACUGUAUGACAGA